UCAACAAUCGUUACGUCACAGCUUAAAACCAAAACAAGACAUUUAACUUAACCUGAUUAGGGUUCAAAUCAAGUUCGAACUAACCUAACGAAUUUCAAAUACUAAAAUGGACAUGAUUAUUAAGAUUUUUCAUACAAUAAUCAGUGUUUCACGUAAUUAGAGAAGAAAAUGACGGUUAAGAUCGUAAAUUUGAUCUAAUAGCUCCGAAAUACUCUCAUUGCUUCUAUUUUUGAGGUGAAUGCAAUGUGUUAAUCAGUUAUUUAUAUCACUAGUCUGCCGUAUUUCUCGCUGGUUGUUUGCUGGGACUGAACGCUCAUAUUUAACGUGUAUCUUUAUUUCGACAAUGUUGAAUUAAAAUUAUUAAUUUUAUUUGAUAUUGACAAUGGACGAAAUUCGGUUUCGGCUAUCCAAUCAGCUUGAGACGUUACAGGUACAAGCAUCGGUAAUAUCACAACAAGGUCAACAAUUGCUUUCAAGAUGGUUAGCGCAGGGUCAACAACUAUUCGCCCAAUUUUGCGAGGGGGAAUAUGGCCAACAUCUAGAAAACUUUGCUCAACAACUGAUUGCUUGGUUUCAUGCAGGAUGGCACCAACUUCAAAACCAAUAUCAAUCGCUACAAUUCAACCCACGAGAGUUUGGUCAACAGCUUGCCAGCUUAUUAACUGGGGGAGGUAUUCUUCCAGUAACAAAACGAGAACUAGCUUAUUGCAUCGUAGGAUUAACCGCUGGAACUCUUAUCGGAUUUAGUAUUGGUUUAAAUUGUUACCACCCAUCGCAGCAUAUACAUCAUAUGAAAGCCAUCAUUUGUCAUCAUUACAUUGGUAUCGAGGGGGUCACUACGAUAGAUGAUGCCGAAAUGCCAACGAUCCAAAAACCUGAUGAGCUACUAAUUCAAGUAAAAUCUGCAUCUGUGGACAUAGUUGAUGCAAAAAUCUGUUCUGGAUACGCCAGAGCAUACAGGCAACUCCUAAAUUCUGGUAAACAUAAAGAAUUGCCAAUCGUAAUAGGAAGAGAUUGUGCUGGAGUUGUAGUCGACAUUGGUCAAAGAGUUGUAGACUUUGACAUAGGUGAUGAGGUAUUUCUUGCAGUUCCAUCCUGGUAUCCAGGCACAAUGGCAGAAUAUUUAGUUAUCUCCGAAAGCCAAGUUGCCAGAAGACCAAAACUUAUUAAUUUUGACGCAGCUGCCAGCUUGCCUUACAGCGGAUGCCUGGCAUGGGAUGCAAUAAUUAAUAAAUCUGUCAUUGAAGAGGGCAAUGCCAGAGGAAAAAGGAUCCUUGUUUACGGUGGGACUACCCCAGUUGGCUGUAUCCUCAUACAGCUAAUGAAACUCUGGGGAGGCCAUGUUGUCGCAGCUUGCAAGGAGCACGCUAUACCUAUCGCUAGAGCUCUUGGUGCUGAUGAAAUAAUAGCAUUUAACGAAACGAAUAUGGAAAAGGAACUCGCAUUACAUGAUAAGUUUAAUGCUAUUUUUUACACGGGCGGUCAACUAAUUGAAGACCGAAUAUUGAGAAAUCAUUUACUGCCUCAUGGUUCGUAUGUAUCCACGAUUCCAGAACCUUUGGCUUCCGAUACAUUAGGAUUUGUUUUUGGAAGCAUAUUCUCUGGCUAUGUGAGAUCGAAGCUAUUAAUAAGAUACUUAUUUGGUUUGAAAACGAACCAGUGGAACGACGGCACAAAAAUAAAUGUUGCCAAUCUGGAGGUUUUAAGAGAACUUGUUGACGCGGAUCAGAUACAAACUGUUGUUCAUAAAGCAUAUGCGCCUCACAAUAUAGAGCAAGCACUCCAUGAAGCUCUGAAUCCAAACGCUGUGGGAAGUAUUAUAAUUAGAUUCCAUUGACACUGUUAUCUGUAUAGGAUACUUAAUUAUCUCGUCAUAAUAUCCUGACUAUCUUUCAGUUGUUAUAUAUCUGUGAACAAAAAUCUCGAAUUUCCACCUAAAAGAAUUCAUGUCACACUCUAUAAUUGAUGGAAUUUUCACUACAGGAGAAGAAAUAAUUUACGGUAGCGACAUCACCAUAAGCAUCAUAGAUCGAAUCACAUGUUUUUUUUAGCUAGUCUGGCUUUUCGAUAAGCCACAGUACUUGAAAAGUUGUCAUACAUCGCAAUAUUGAAUCUCUAACUUUUUAGUGAUUCAUAUGUAUUUCCAUGUUUUUUUUUUCAUAUUUCACUCUGAUGCUAACGAUUUUUACAAUUAUUCAUCCGUUAUGAUUCGAUGCAAUAGACUGCAAGUGAUAGCUAUCCGUCUAAUAAAAUCAAAAUAAACGUCUUAAAGUCGGUAAUAUUUCUCAGGAACAAUAACUAAUAUUAUAAAAGUAAUAUUCGAUCUCGAAAUAUCUGCUCAAGAGCAGAGUACGAAAAUGACGAGAAGGAAUAGUGUUAAGUUUAUAAAUGUUUAAUGGAGGUUUAUUAUAAAUGUAUUUGUAAGUAUACUGCGUAAAUACAUAGGUAGAAAGGAAAGUUUACAAACUAAUCAUCAAUUGCCGUCACGAUUAAAAUGUGUCAGUUACCUUCAAUUUGGUGCUAUCAAAUCAUGAAGCGCGUAUUCAAUAAAUAUACAUGUUUGCUAACAA